GAGCACAAAGCCUGACUCCAUACCCUAUCAAGUCUGGGGACUUUGCCAGGCACUUACACCCAUCAGCUCCAGAUCCUGGCAGUGGAUGACUUCCCACACCUCAGAACCAAGCCCAUCCCUGUGGUCCAGGACCACAGCGAGGCUGCUAUCUCUUGACCAUGACCUGUGACUACUCUGCAGCUGGCGUUUGGUAUAUGAAAUGUUUUGGGAGGUGAUAAGCGAUGAACAUGGCAUCGACCCCACUGGCAGUUACCAUGGUGACAGCGACUUGCAGCUGGAGAGAAUCAAUGUGUACUACAAUGAAGCUGCUGGCAACAAAUACGUACCUCGGGCCAUCUUGGUGGACCUGGAGCCGGGCACCAUGGACUCAGUGAGGUCAGGACCCUUUGGCCAGAUCUUCAGGCCAGACAACUUUGUUUUCAGUAAGUUGUCAUGCUCCAUGAGAGCUGGCCAAAUGACUCACCCCUUCCCAGCAGCCAUGGGCUUUAUAGUUGUGUGUGCAGUGGCCAGCUGAGCCUGUGUCCACAGA